AUGUCAUCGUCCAAGCACUCAUCGACCCAGGCCAUUUUUCAAGAUGUCGACCAUGAUCCUGUCACAUCGGCCCUGCCGAAUGGGGAUAUUCCUUAUACCGACCAUGCCAUGGACGCGGAUGAGCGGGUGAUUGUGGCUCUGGGUUACAAGCAAGAAUUCAAGCGCGAGUUUUCUCUAUGGACCACGUUUUGCGUCAGUUUUGCGGUGCUUGGACUGCUUCCGUCUUUCGCGAGCACAUUGUACUAUGGCAUGGGCUACGCAGGAACCGCGGGUAUGGUCUGGGGUUGGAUCAUCGCCAUGCUCUUCAUCCAAUGUGUAGCUAUGUCAAUGGCUGAGCUUUGCUCUGCGAUGCCGACGAGCGGAGGGCUGUACUAUGCAGCAGCAGUUCUCGCACCCCCAGGUUACGGACCCUUUGCAGCUUGGCUCACAGGGUGGUCCAACUGGAUCGGGCAGAUCACCGCGGCGCCGUCAGUGGACUAUGCAUUGUCCGCGAUGAUACUGGCUGCUGCCUCGAUCUCCAACCCAGAUUAUGUACCCACCAGCUGGCAGAAGUUCCUCCUCACAACGCUCGUUAUGAUCCUACAUACCUUCAUCAGUAGUAUGCCGACGAAAUGGGUUGCACAAUUCAACUCGUAUGGCUCGACUUUCAACAUGAUUGCUCUGGUCGUUGUCAUAAUCGCCAUUCCCGCGGGUACGAAGAACGAACCCAAGUUCACGCCCUCGAAGGAAGUAUGGGGUAACAUUACCAAUAUGACGGACUUUCCGGAUGGGGUGGCUGUGCUCAUGACCUUCGUUGGGGUGAUCUGGACCAUGUCAGGAUACGACUCUCCCUUCCACCUGAGCGAGGAAUGCUCCAACGCCAAUAUUGCCUCCCCGCGUGCCAUCGUGAUGACCUCCGGCGUUGGUGGCCUGAUGGGCUGGUUCCUGCAGCUUGUCGUCGCCUAUACUGUGCUCGAUAUCGAGGCCGUGAUUGACUCGGAUCUCGGACAACCAUGGGCGUCUUACCUACUGCAGGUCAUGCCGCGUAAGACUGCCAUGGCCAUCCUGGGACUCACCAUUGUUUGCGGAUUCUCCAUGGGCCAGGGUUGCAUGGUCGCCGCGUCACGAGUGACGUACGCCUAUGCUCGGGACGAUUGCUUUCCAUUGUCUCGGAUCUGGAAGAAGGUGAAUGACACCACCCAGACGCCAGUCAACGCCGUCAUUCUCAACACUGUUCUGGGCAUCCUCAUGUGUCUCCUCAUGCUUGCAGGUGAUGUCGCCAUUGGGGCAUUGUUCUCCAUCGGUGCCAUCGCACAGUUCGUGGCGUUCGCUAUCCCCAUUGCAAUCCGGGUGUUCUUCGUAGGCAACCGAUUCCGCAAGGGGCCAUGGCAUCUGGGGCCGUUCGGACCGGCGAUUGGAGGUAUCGGGGUGUUCUUUGUGCUGUUGAUGAUUCCUAUUCUGUGUCUUCCCAGCGUCAGGGGCGAGAAUUUGACGCCGGACCAAAUGAACUGGACCUGUCUGGUCUGGGGGGCGCCGAUGCUGGCGGUGACCGUCUGGUGGGUGGUGGAUGCGCGCAAGUGGUUCAAGGGCCCAAAGAUCAAUGUGGAGCAUGCCAUCCACGGCGUGGAGGUGAUUGUCAAUGUGGGGGUGGAGGUCGAGGAUCAACCAAGUGAAAGUGAGGAGGAUGGGCAGGUAUCAACAGGCAAGCCGUCCAAGUAG